AUGCUGUCCCGCCACAUUGUGCGGGCGUCGCCCUUCCGAGCGGCUGCCCUCCCCGCGGCGCGACGGCUUCCCUUGAUCCAGCAACGAACCUUCCUCCCCGAGUCCAUGGUCGGCAGGAAGAAGAUGGACGAGAAGUACCCCGACAGCGACUACCCAAAACUUACGGCGGCGGAGGAUCCGGACAUGAACGGCGGCUUCAUCAACCCUCCCCGCAUCAAGCGCCAAUUCCGUGAUCCCCAUGCCGACUGGUGGGAUAAGCAAGAGCGGAGGAACUUUGGCGAGCCGGUGCACGAAGACCACGAUAUCCUCGGCAUCUUCUCGACGUGGGAGUACACAUGGGUCAGCCCCGGCAAGGGCCUGUUUCAAAUCGGUGUCUUCGUGGCUGCCUUCCUCGCCGUGUGCUACGGUGUCAAGUUGACAUACGCCGAUCGGAAGAGCUACCCGAGGGAGUUUGAAGGUGGCUUGGAGAGGGAAUUGGGCGGCGCUGGCGCUAUGAGGGUCGACGCAGAAUUUACAAAGACGGGCGAGCUGGAACGACUGAGGUUCCCCCACUUCCGCCGCGAGCUCCUGUUCCAGAACCAUUGGAGGCCAGGCGACGAUAUUGGCCGCAUCAAGAUCGUCAUUAGCGAGGGCUUUCCCCGAGAUUCACUAUCUGCUCCGAUCGAGAGAGUCAAGAAUGUUGUGGCCUUCUCCUUCCAACAUGCGCCGCUGGAGAUACUCGAAAACAAUGCCAUCGCCUGGCCGAAUCAGUCCAUGUGGCAAUGUGCGGCCUUCAAUCCGGCGGUUCCUGUACCGGCAUAUCAUUUGGACGACGGACCGAGCUCGCACGCACACUCCCCUCGCAGGAAGCCGGCUCCGCUCAGACACCUCAAGAACCAGGGGUUUUCAGGCCCGGCCCUGACCAACGUUGUCUUUCCCGGUCAUGCAGGGGGUUUACUCGACGACUCGGCGCUGCAAAUGUCAUACCUGGACGACAACGUGGACACCCAUGAACACACCGUUUCCCGACCCGUUUGCUGA